UCAGCUUUCUUCUUCUGCCCCCUUCAAACAUGGCGGAGGUCAGGCUACACUUUGGAAGGGGAGCGUACAAUUUAGCAUUCAAAAUAUAUAACCGACACCUCCUGUUAAGUCAGAAUAAGCUAAGUAAAUGUGGAAUACAGGCUUCGCCUCUAUCGGCGGGGUUUCUGUUGGGUGAUAUUCAAAGUGGAGAACUUUAUGGAGCCGGAAAUAGAGGUGACAGAGUGACUGUUGGAGUUUCACAUGACAGUUACACAAGGGUAACAACACUGCUUGGUACUGUUGCCGAUGUUAGGGAAAACGGAAAGGUCGCCGAAAACUACUGCUAUCUUGGACUCAACAAAGAUAAUUUACUUUCUAAUAAAUCCCAGUUUCAAAAUAAAAAUCUACGUUGGUACCGGAUUAACUCUCCGAGGACUUGCUGCACCUCCAGAUCCGCUCAUCGACAGAGCCUCGGUUUAUGUUUGGGACAUCAUGGACAGUUUGUGUUCAUCAGAGCUUACAGCGGCAAAGGGACCCGAUCUGAGCUUCUUUACAAAACCAAAACAGGCUACUAUGAACUCCUGGAGGUGUCACCUACUGCCACUCAAGCCCAGAUAAAAACAGCAUACUACAAAUUGUCAUUCCUCUACCACCCGGACAGAAACGCCGGCAGUGAGCACGCCACUGUCAGCUUCUCUGAGAUAAGCGAGGCCUACAGCGUGCUGGGCAAUAAGGCACUGAGGAAGAAAUACGACCGGGGUCUGUUGAGUCCGUCAGACCUGGUUGCAACAGCCAGACCCUCCACAAAGGACACAGGGAGCUCCGCGAAACCGGACACGGAGAGCCGACGGUCUGUGUUGAGCUCAGACAGCCGAGGAAACAUAUUCGAUUUCGACAAGUUUAUCAGUGACCACUACAGCGAGCAGCUGCAGAAAGAAAGAGACUUCAAAGUCCGCAAAGAGGAGAUGUUGAGGAAGAAUAAGGAGACGUUUGAGGAGAAGAAGAUAGACAUGCCCUUCGGAGCUGUGGCGCUGCUGGUGAUAGGCGUGUGUCUACUGGUCAGCUUAAAGCAGGGAUGAAGUUCAUUCACAUUGAGGAUGUUGGACUCACUUGAAUCAUCACCACCUUUCAAACUACGAAAACAAACAACUGUUCACAUGACUGCUGUUAAACACCCUCUGUUUUGACCCUGUCCUCUGACAUCUCUGCUUGGAGACACGAACUGUUGAACAUAAUGAAAUGUUGUGCAGUAUGGAUCACUUACCGUCAUCCUUUGGGUCAACCUGACACUCUCUAAUGUUGAUAUAUUUCAGUUCCUCAGUCUGCAAGUAUGCAUGACGGCACAGUACUGUGCACUUUCAUCCUGUGAACACACUAUUCACUGGUUUUCGCCCGGUGCAGCCUUUUGUCACUCACUCACAGUUUAGUCACUCCCAGGUUUACUUUGAGAAAACAUUUGUCAUCAACAAAUCUUGGUUACAUUUAACAAAAGAAGCCAAACUUCUAAAAUGUUAAAUGUUGUCUUAACAUAAGCAGCCAUACAACUCAAACUAAAAUGACAACUUUUGGUACUAAACAAUACUGAGACAGAAACAUUUAAGUCGAAGAGUAUUGUGGUUCCGCACCCAGCGUUACCCACGAGUCAUUACAUCCCCACUCUGCCAUGACUGCUGUCUUUUAAAUGUAGUCCACCUGACAGUGCUACGGUUCACCUUUGGCUUUUAUUAAGUCAUCUGUCCUGCAGAUUUCUUUAUUUUUUAAUGGUGAAGGAAGUUUUGAUUACCUGUAUUGCUAUUCAUGAAAUAUUUGGAGCAAUGUAAGGAAGUAAGGUAUGUGUGGAUCAGCCCAUUACACAGGGACAUUAUAGGAACGGUAUGUUUUUGCAAUUUAAAAAGGUGCCUUGGGAUAUUUAUUGUAAAAAUCUAUGGUUACGUUGUGCAAAUUAACUAAUAAAUAACUUAUGAGCAGUGCCUGUCAAAGCGCAGUGAAACAAA